UGCCAGAGGCUGACGAGUGGAGGAAGCUGGCACCGCGAGUCUCAUACUUCGUCAUCCUGGUCUGCGUGACUUUCUGAGAUUCUGAGUUUCCGUCCCCGGCUCCGGCGUUUGGAAACCUGUCUCCAGAUGCACCUGGGUUCGUGGCAGUGGUCUGCGACCUGGCGUCCGUGACCAACCCCUACGACCGAUCGGUUUGCCUUCGGGUUCGAACGUCGAGGACCUGCCCACCCCCAAAGCCAGUGCUGUGAAGAUUGCUCCAGGAAAGGGGAAGGAUGCCACUGUUCUUCCGGAAGCGGAAACCCAGUGAGGAGGCUCGGAAACGCCUGGAGUACCAGAUGUGUCUGGCAAAAGAAGCCGGAGCAGAUGACAUUCUUGACAUCUCUAAAUGUGAGCUCUCGGAGAUUCCAUUUGGGGCUUUUGCAACAUGCAAAGUUCUACAGAAGAAGGUGUUGAUCGUCCACACGAAUUACCUCACUUCCGUCCUUCCAAAAUCCUGCAGCCUCCAGAGUCUCGUAACCAUCAAGGUUCUGGAUCUUCAUCAUAAUCAGCUGACAGCCCUGCCUGAGGAUAUCGGGCAGCUCGUGGCCCUCCAGGUAUUGAAUGUGGAGAGGAAUCAACUGACGCAUCUUCCACGUUCCAUUGGGAAGCUGACCCAGCUCCAGACCCUCAGUGUGAAAGACAACAGGCUGAAGGAGCUCCCAGACUCCUUGGGGGAACUUCGAAGCUUACGUACCCUCGACGUCAGUGAAAACGAGAUUCGGAGGUUGCCGCAGGCGCUGGCGCGUGUUCGAACUCUGGAGACCCUGAGCUUAGACGCCGCGUCCAUGGUCUACCCACCGCCGGAGGUGUGUGGUGCCGGCACCGAGCCCAUCCAGCAGUUGCUCUGCCGAGACUCAGGGCUGGAGUACUACCCACCUUCUCAGUACCUGCUGCCGGUCCUGGAGCAAGAUGGGGCCGAGACCUCCCAGGACAGCCCCGACGGGCCCACGGACAGAUUCUCCCGGGAGGAGGUAGAGUGGCAGAAUAGGUUCUCAGACUAUGAGAAGAGGAAGGAACAGAAGAUGCUGGAGAAACUCGAGUUUGAACGGCGCCUGGAGCUCGGGCAGCGAGAGCAUGCCCAGCUCGUGCAGCAGAGCAACAGCCAGAGGGACGAGAUCCUUCAGACGGUCAGGGAGGAGCAGUCCCGGCUGGAGCAGGGCCUCAGUGAGCACCGGCGCUACCUCGACGCAGAGCGUCAGCGGCUGCAGGAGCAGCUGAAGCAGACGGAGCAGAACAUCUCCAACCGCAUCCAGAAGCUCCUGGAAGACAAUCAGAGGCAAAAGAAAAGCUCUGAGAUUUUGAAGUCGCUGGAAAAUGAAAGAAUAAGAAUGGAACAGUUGAUGUCCAUAACCCAGGAGGAGACAGAGAACCUACGAAGACGCGAGGUUGCCUCCGCCAUGCAGCAGAUGCUGACCGAGAGCUGUAAGAGCCGCUUCAUCCAGAUGGCCUAUGAGUCCCAGAGGCAGAACUUGGUCCAGCAGGCCUGUUGCAGCAUGGCUGAAAUGGAUGAGCGGUUCCAGCAGAUUCUGGCAUGGCAGCAGAUGGAUCAGAACAAAGCCAUCAGCCAGAUCCUGCGGGAGAGCGCCAUGCAGAAGGCUGCUUUUGAGGCCCUCCAGGUGAAGAAAGACCUGAUGCAUCGGCAGAUCCGGAACCAGAUUAAGUUAAUAGAAACUGAGUUAUUGCAGCUGACACAGCUGGAGUUAAAGAGGAAAUCCCUGGACACAGAGGCACUACAGGAGAUGAUCUCAGAGCAGCGCUGGGCGCUCAGCUCCCUGCUGCAGCAGCUGCUCAAGGAGAAGACACAACGAGAGGAAGAGCUCCGGGAGAUCCUGAUGGAGUUAGAAGCCAAAAGUGAAACCAAGCAGGAAAAUUACUGGCUGAUUCAGUACCAACGGCUCUUGAACCAGAAACCCUUGUCCUUGAAGCUGCAGGAAGAAGGCAUGGAGCGCCAGCUGGCGGCCCUGCUGGUGGAGCUGGCAGCCGAGCACUACCUGCCCAUCUUUGCCCACCACCGCAUCUCGCUGGACAUGCUGAGCCGGAUGAGCCCCGGGGACCUGGCCAAGGUAGGCGUUGCGGAGGCUGGCCUGCAGCACGAGAUCCCGCGCAGAGCCCGGGAGCUGCUGGACGCGGCCAGGAUCCAGCCAGAGCUGCUGAAACCACCCCGGGAGGAGGCCCUCGGGGCCCUGGAGCCCACGGCGCCGGAGGAGUUCCCUGAGCCGGUGAGGCCCUCGGCUCCGCCCGCGGAGCCAGAGACUCCGACGUCAGAGUGCGUCGUGUGCCUGGAGCGGGAGGCACAGAUGAUCUUCCUCAACUGCGGCCACGUCUGCUGCUGCCCACAGUGCUGCCAGCCGCUGCGCACCUGCCCGCUGUGCCGCCAGGAGAUCGCCCAGCGCCUCCGGAUCUACCACAGCAGCUGAGCGCCAGCCCUGGCCCCGCUCUGCCACCCGCAGGCGCGGGGACCCCGCUCGCCCCCUGCCCAACCCAGACUAGUAAGGCCCCCUCCUCUGUCCUGGGCCCUGCCCCGCAGCCCAGGAGGAGGCCCCCACCCUUGACAUCCAAGCGCCCCUGGGCCAGGGCAGAAAGCGUUCCCAACCAGGACCUGAAUUCUGUGAAAGGAGAGGGAGGGUCCCUCGUGGCCCUACGAAGGGUCUGGGUGUGGCGUGGCAGCUGUGCCGCUGCCUGAGCACAGGGCUGUCCUGGCCAGGGCGGCUCUGCCACUCCCAGCUGGCUAUGGCAGGACCCUGUCCCUCCGGGAGCCUCAGUGUCCUUAUCUGGGGAACACAGACAGUGCCGUCCUGUUC